CUUCGGUGCAAAUCUUCAAUUUGAUGCAUAACAUUCAAGAAGGCGACCUACAACAUUUGCAGUUAUUCACGGAAUAUGGUCGACUCGUUUUGGAGCAAACAAAUAAAAAACCAUUUCAAUAUUUAGUGUUUCUCGUUCGCGAUUGGCAAUAUGCCUAUGAAAUCGAUUAUGGCAUGUACGGACAUGAGGUUAUUGAUGAUAUUUUGGCAAAAGAUGACGAACAAACAGCUGAAAUGCGCGAACUGAGAAAACAAAUUAAUUCAAGUUUUGAUGAAAUCGGUGCAUUUUUAAUGCCACAUCCAGGUUUUGCUGUAACACAACAACCUAAUUUUACCGGCAAUUUAAAAGAAAUUCAUCCCGAUUUUAUUAAAUACACGAAAGAAUUGACACUAUCCAUUUUUGCACCCGAAAAUCUGGUUGUAAAAAAAAUCAAUGGGCAUGAAGUGCGCGCCAGAGAUUUGAUUCCAUAUUUACAGUCGUACUUGCAUUUAUUCAAUGGACAAACACUACCCGAACCAAAAACCGUUUUAAUGGCAACAAGAGAAAUCAACCUCUUAAUUCUGUCCAAUGAGUGCAUACAUUUUUACAUUGAUUACAUGCAAAAAUCACUCAAUGCAACGCAAUCAUAUUUUAGUGGAAAUGAACUCAAAGAACUCCAUCGAAGUGCGAAAAAUAAGGCAAUUGAACUGUUUCAGACAAAAUCAAAGUUUGGGACAAAUGAACUCAUAUUGGACCAUCAAAAACGAAUUGAAAUUGAUAUUGAAGACAAAUUCAACAUAUUUCAUCUUGAAAAUGAUAAAAUGUAUCGAAAUUACAUUGAAACGGCGAAGCUUUUCAACGAAAAAAUGGUCAACACAAUAAAAGCAAAAACUUACAGUCAAAUUAUCGAUAGAAUCAAUACAAAACUAAAUUUGAGCGAUUUUGAGCUUCUCAGUUCGUUUGAAGAGUUAAAAAAUACUGCUUUGAAACGGUUCAAUGACGAAAAGCUGGGCGAUCAUGAUAUUUUUAAAAUUUUUCGUGAAAAACUUGAAUAUGAUUUGAAUCAUUUACGGUUAUUACUUGAGCAAAUGUUGAUAUUUAGUGAACAUUCAAUGGAAUCGUACGUUAGUUGUAUGCAAAAAUCAAUCAAACAAAUCCAAACUUAUUUCAAUGAAACCGAAUUCACACAACUUCACCAGAGCACCAAAAAUCACUCAAUGUACCAGUUUCAGGAAAAAUUUGGCUGUGAUGACUUGGCGUCAUCGAUGCAACGUAGAUUUCAGACUAAUAUUGGAAAGGAAUUUUUAUUUUUCAAACAGCAAAAUGAAAUAAAACGGGUAGAGUUCAUUAAAAAAGCCAAUGCGCACAAUGAAAGAUUAAUUCAAGAAAUCAAAGCGGUGAUUGAAGAGGGGGCUCAAGCCGAAAUCCUACGAACACAUUUGAACGAAUAUGAUUUGAAUGGUUUGUUCCUUGGAAUGAAAGACGUUGGACUUGAAAUGUUUGAUGCUCAAAAGAUAUGUGAUGGUGACAUCUCAAAAAUAUUUCGUGAAAAACUAAAGCAAGAUUUGAGUAAAUUAUGGAACACACUUACCCAAAGGAAUAGAAGACGCAACACAAUCCGUGUUGGGUAAAGAUACUUUAUCUGACUUUUUCCAGACACUUUUCCAAAAUAUCUCAUCUUAUCUAAACAAAUCGAAAGAAUUUUCGUUAAUUCGAAGUAUAAACAUUUUUAUUUCAAUAAAAAAUUAAAAUCAUCCAUUACAAUUUAAUAUGAGAGAAUCAAAUUAAGUUCUUUAUGUAAUAUUUUGAAAUAAUAAUUAAAAAUGUUGUUUCCAUUCGUA